AUGAGUUCGAUACUUGUGCAAAAUACUAUUCUUUCACUCAUCAUCACCAGUAUUACAUUUGGUGUUCUCUUGUCCCUUAAUUAUUUAAAUAAGAAAAAGUUGAUUACCAGUGAAGUUUCACGAAAAGUAGUUCAUAUUGGAGCUGGAACACUUUAUCUUGCCAUUUAUUUCUAUAAUGAUUAUGGCUAUUUUUCAAAAUAUUUGAAUAUAUUUCCAUAUCUUUUUUGGACUUGUAUACUUAUUUGGAAGAGUCAAUAUCAUUCUUCUGUUCGACAACAAUAUGAUCUUGUGGUGGGUACAAUAACAAGAAAUAAUCGUCCAAGUGAACUUUUACGUGGACCAUUAUUUUUUAAUAUUGUUACCAUCAUUUGUGGUACUCUUUUAUAUAAAACAAUACUUGGUUCUAUUAUCAUGGGUAUAUUAACAUGGGGAGAUGGUUUAGCUGCUGUCAUUGGUGCUCGAUCUGGUAGUCGACGAAAAAUUUAUGGAAACAAAACAUUGGAUGGAUCAUUGACUGUUUUUCUUGUUGGUAUCAUAGCUGCAAUAACUUACACUUUUAUUCUUGUUGGUUUUCAAUCAGUUCAUGUGUUUAAAAUUUGUGUGAUAUCUUUUGUUACAGCAGUGAUAGAAACAAUAAGUCCAUCUGAUUUUGAUAAUUUAACUAUUCCGUUAGCUAUUAUUGUUUCAUAUUAUUUUCUAUUUUAA